GCACCAGGUAAAUCGACAUCAUAGCUUCAUCUGCUUGUCUCUCCUUCCUUCCCGGAACCACCAAGAUGUAAAAGCGUUGUUCCCUCGCCUCCCCCAUCAAAUCUCUGCCAAUUCUACAUCUUGACCCAAUUUUAUUCUCUGAUCGCUCAUCAUCAGAGAUCAACAGCUCCAUCGUCCAUUCUCAAACCGAACAACUAAGACGCAUUACGCCAAAGUCUCCUUUUAGAAGCGCUCCGCCUUCUUUUUUGCUCUGCCUACUUGCCCUGUGCUUUUUUUUUGCGGUUCGUCACAUCAAGACAAGAUACUGCACCAAAGCAAGAGUCUUCGAGGGCACAGAAGAAGGGGAAAAAAGGACGAAAAAAAAAGGGUUUACACUGCCCCUCCCAGAAAAAGAACCUUCAGGGAAGCAAAAAAAAAAAAAAGGGGGGGAACCUACCACCACCAACAUACGCCAUCUAUCCAUCCAUCGUCCCUCCCCGCUGGCUUCAGAGCCGUCCGCACUUUGCAACGCGCCGACUGAGUAACACCUGGGGUCCCUGUCACGGCUCUCCCAAUUGACCUCGAGGCUUUUCACCAAACGGUAGUCGACACCGCAGAUCUUUGUCCCGUUUCGAUCUCGUCCCAGGGACGUACUCCAGGCCUCCUCCUUUCCACCUGGUCGUCCUGUCAAAAAAUCGGGCCACCAUCUCUUCUCCCACUCAACUUCCUCGUUCUACACCACACUACGCACUACCGCGCAUCCGCUCCGCUCUUGCUGGUCUACACCACAACCCGGUCCUCCAUCUCUCCUCCUCUAUCUCCUCUAGGCUCCUCCUCAGCCUGACCCCGGUCCCAAUCUGAACCAGCCUGCUACCCUACCUAAUCGCCCCCAACCCUGUCCGCCUCGGCCUCUUUCCCACGGGAUAUUGGCGCUGUCGAUCACUCUGAGUCGGAGUCGUCACAGCUGUCUGCAGAGAAGCGGUCUCCACACUCCUCCCAUGUCCCGCUGGCAACUGUGCAACAAGCUUCACACGACUCUUGCCUGGUCGGCCCAAACGAUUGGUCUCAGCUCUCAACUGGUUCAAAUAGUCGUGUGUCAGUAGUCCACAAGCACGCACUUAAACCACGCUGAUCCCCCAACCUCAACCUGCCCAACUCCCACGGGAUCAUCCAGUUCUAUCUGAUCCGUGUUACGACUUGACUUUCUCCAACACCACAGUCGUUGCACUCGUAUCUGAUCAGCGAACGCUAUCUCGCCCAACACCAAUACCUACCACACCUAUCUUUUUGUUGACGGUCUACUUCGUCAUCUCAUCUCAUCAACACCACCACCGAUCAUGACCAUGACAUUAGACUCCCAGCAGCGAUUCGGGCCCUUAAACACCUUCGACCACAUGUCUUCCUACGCACACUCAUCCGCCUCCCCCCAGUUCUCCAACCCGUGGGGUAACACCUCGUCGCCGCAAGCCCCUCAGGGCUUGUACGCUGGGCACGGCCUUAGCUCCGGUCUGGGUCUUGAAAGGUCACACACUGCUAGGACUAGCACCAGCAGCAAUACCUCGUCCCUGGGCUCUUACGGUCAGAUCCCAGUGACGGCGGCUUCAGCAGGUAGUCUCCCCAUGGCAGACCCUCUGCCUAGGACGGACUUACUCACCAUUCCUCAAGAUAUCCUCAGUAUCAACCGCAUGGCUGCCACUUCGGCUCCUGCCUACGGUGAUGCUCCCUAUGCGACCGCCGCAUCUCCCGUUAACGGCUCAUACACGGCAUCGCCCACUCCAUACGAGACGAUGGGCUACGCUCCUGCCCCCAUGCGCUCUACCUUCGCCCUCGCCCCGGAACCCGAACACUCUAGGAGAUUCUCCCACUCGUCAGUACCCUCAACCUCCUUGGUCGGCAUCUCGGACCCCAAUGACCUGGCCCGGCCCCAUCGCAACUCAAUGAUUGACUUUAACAACAGAGGACUACACCACCACGAUGAGCGACGGAGCUUUGCUGAUGCUCUUGACGCAAGCCACGGCAUGCUCGCCAUGAGCCAAGAGACUCCCCGUAACAUAUACGGUGCCCGCAGUGACAGGGCAUCUGGAGACUCAUAUGGCUUCCCUUCGACGCAUUCAACCAGUUCGUCUGUCUCUUCUGCUUCCGGAUUUGGCAAUUACUACGGAGCCGACUCUGUUAGCGACUACUCUACCGCUGGAUCAGACAUCGAGUCAGUGACCUCUCGGACUCUUCCUAGACCACACGGCCUCAUGGCCCCCCAAAUCCCCCCGGCCCCUCAGUCCAUGAUGGGCCAGUUCAGCUCCAAGGUGUCGUCCAGUACGCAGAAGAAGCACAAGUGCAAGGUUUGCGAUAAGCGCUUCACUCGCCCUUCUUCUCUUCAAACGCAUAUGUACAGCCACACUGGCGAAAAGCCCUUUGCUUGUGAAGUCGAGGGUUGUGGUCGUCACUUUUCUGUUGUCUCAAAUCUUCGUAGACACAAGAAGGUCCACAAAGGCGACACCCGGUCCGAGGCCGGUUCGGAAGACCAUCACUCGGACUAGGAAUCGAAGCAUUCGCAGAUUCACGCUGCAGUCUCGAAUUGUAUAACAAAAUAAGCCUGCGGCAACACUUUCGAACUGUCGGAACAGUUCGCAAUGAGGUGUACGAGAUGACGAAUUUUCCCAGUUCUCGUAAUGAUCCACAUUCGCCAUCGACACCAACCAGGACUUUCUGCAGCCUACCUUAAUGGGAAUGGCCGACAACCGGAUCAUUCUCAUCUUUUCCAAUUUCUUUUUAGACGGUCCGCGUUUUUCAUCAUAUUUUCACACGAUACCAUUCUCUACCCUCGUUUUAAUAUCCAUAUAUCUGCGAGCGAAAGAGACGAAGACAAAAAAGUCGGGCGACGGCACAGGAACUGGCGGGGGGCGGGUUGUCUUUUUCGCCUCAUUGUCAUAAAAGGGUGUCUUAUGAUAUGCUGGAAUUUUUCAUCAAUCUUUUUUGUUUAUUUGUUCGCAACACCAUUGGGCCCGCGUAGCCCAGAUCGAAUGCGAACGCCGCAGAGUUGGUGGUCUGAGUGGUUCGACCAGGCGCGAGAAGGAAGGGACGGAUAUGCCGAAGGAAAAGGAGCACUCGAGCUAUUGACUUCACUGUCGAUUCCUUAAGUCCACACCACACUACACAACACACGCUACUCACCGGAGUCGGGACAGGUUGGUGUCUGGAUGGACUACGUUCUACUGCUUUUCAGCUAUCGCAUAUUUUCGAAAGAGGAAGGAAAUCUCCAAGUGCUCACGGAGGACCUGGCGAUACCCUUACACUCGGCGUUGAACGGAUAAUGGGUUGCAUUUUGUCUGAUUCACCCGUGGAUUAUUUGUUGCGCGUUCAUCAUGUCGUUUUCCUGCGCCUUCUGAUUUUCUGAUCAGGGCUCUUAGAGAUGACGAAAACCUUCGACCCAACAACUGCCAUCACGUUCUUGGUGGAACUGGGCAAAGGGCGACUUGUACUAUUAGUUUUUCCACACGAUGAUUAUACCCAUCACGCUACAAAGUGCUAUUAUGUGCAUUUUCUAGUUUGUAUUGUUUGGGGGUUGGAUUUUUUAUUUCCUGUGUUCUAUCUACUGUUGCUACUGCAAGGGACCAUACCUAGUGAAACUUACAAGUAGGCACGGAGAAACGGGCGGCAGUGGAAGCAGGAUAGGAUAUGGAAACCGGCUUGCGGAUCGUAAGGAAUAUCACCGGGUAUGGAAAUCGUACAUAUUGUCGCGUCAGUGUAAAAUAAUAGUUAGUGCGGAGAACAAAGUCAAC